AUGGAUGCAAACAAGGACAAGGUCGUCAAUGAAAGCGCCGACACGGAAAUUGAAAACAUCAAGAAGGACGAAGAUGAGGAAGUAACUGGGUUGCGACAUCUCGGCUGGCUUUUACACUUUUUCAAGAAGGCCGUUUUGGAUGACAUGAUCAACGAAGAGCUCCGUCACAAAAACGAUAUGUGCACUUUCCGCAUGUUGUGGCUGCUUUUCAAGCCGGGAAAGACGGUCUACCAUGAGACGGACGGUCAUCUAGGAGCAUACGUCUUGCAAUCUGUUGAUACAGACCCUGGAAUCUUGUCCAUCGUUCCACCUAUGCGGCCAAAGUCAUACACCAUCAAGGUCUGGAGCCUUGAUUUUGAUGGAAAGUACGUCGGUCGAGUGGGAAAGACUAUCACGAUUGCUCCAUUCGAGGGAGAGAGACCGAUUAGAUCUCUUCAGCUCGUGCCGUGCGAUAUUAUCGAUCAAGAUGAUGGCGGUAAGUGGAGAGAAAAGCUGGAAGACAAUGGGAAGAAAUGGUAUCAGUUGCUUCCUGGUGGGCAAGUUCAUUACUCUGGGCCUGUUCUGGGGAUACAAAAACGUCAGGACUAUGAUUACGACUCAGACAGCAGCACCGCCUCCUACGACAGCAGAAAUCGUAGACGAAGACGACUCUCACUUCGAACUGGCCCUAGGUUGGGCAAUGUUCGAGACAUGGGCGGAAAAGGCCUUUCGAAGUGUCAAUGCGAAGACUGUCGUGGUCUUCGACCCCAUCCACCCUCUGGGUUUCCUUGGGUCGACUAUGACAUAUUGGAUCCUUCUGUAGAGAAGGAUCUCACUAUACCCGGCGCGAGGGAAGGCUCAAGACAUCGAUAUUUACUCUGCGGGAGGUUAUUGAGAGGUUUUGACCUCAAGACAAGAACAUGGGUCCAACUAGACGUUACUUACUGCAACCCGCCGCGUCCCAACAUAAGGGCUAUUGACACGCUUGUCAUGCCGACCCAGAGAAAGGAUAUGAUCAAAGCACUCAUACAAAAGUUCACAACCAACGAUCUCGACAAGACACGACAGCAAGCGUGGAGAGCAGAUUAUAUCGAGAACAAGGGUGACGGUAGAAUCUUUUUGCUGCAUGGAAGUCCUGGGGUUGGGAAGACAUACAAUGCAUCGCAGAGUACACCGAAAGACCUUUGUUAUCGCUUACAUGCGGAGACAUUGAGACGCCAGGUCACUGACUUGAAGAGAAACAGUCUCGUUGCUGUCUUCCUCCGAUGCAUAGAAUACUACCGAGGUAUUCUCUUCCUAACCACCAACAGAGUAGGCCAAUUCGACGAUGCUUUCAUCUCACGAAUCCACGUUAUCAUACACUAUGAGAAGCUCAGCCCCGAAGGCCAGAAAAAGGUCUGGGAGCAGUUCUUUGACAAGCUCGAUUAUGAUCGUGAGGACUUUAAGGUUACCCGCCGCGCCAAGGACUACAUACUUGAAGAGGGAGCCAUCAGUGAGAUGGAGUGGAACGGGCGAGAGAUUCGAAAUGCUUUCCAAACCGCUGUUGCUCUGGCCGACUACAGAUUCCAGCAGGGCUCUGCGAACCAGAAACAGCCGACUCUUGACCAGCGAGACUUUGAGCAGGUUUGUGAGAUGAUGAGACAGUUCAAGAGUUACCUGGUGAAUGUUCAUAAUAUGGAUGAAGGGCAGCGGGCGUUCAAUGCGGGUUCUAGAGCACUGGCUGAGUUUGAGUUCUGA